AUGAGAGCUCUCUACCUACCAUCUGAAGCUCAGUCUCGGUACAUGAGAGCUCUCUACCUACCAUCUGAAGCUCAGUCUCGGUACAUGAGAGCUCUCUACCUACCAUCUGAAGCUCAGUCUCGGUACAUGAGAGCUCUCUACCUACCAUCUGAAGCUCAGUCUCGGUACAUGAUAGCUCUAUACCUACCAUCUGAAGCUCAGUCUCGGUACAUGAGAGCUCUCUACCUACCAUCUGAAGCUCAGUCUCGGUACAUGAGAGCUCUCUACCUACCAUCUGAAGCUCAGUCUCGAGAGCGUCUUCGCCACAUCAACACUUCCGAGAACCCUUUGCUGCUAGACGACUGCAAAAAUAUCUGGCUACAGACGUGGCAGCAGCAGCAGGCAGUUGACCAGCAGACGUGGCAGAAACCACAGCAGAAGGGGAAGACGUGGAGAGAAGAAACCACACAGUCUGUAGAGACUGAGAAACUUGCUGGCAGAGAGAACACAGAGGUCAAACUUGAUAACUUAGUGCCUACCUCGACCACAGAUGACUGUCCAUCGCCGGGAGCGACAACCUCUUCAGAAUGUUAUCUGUGUCCUGCUCGACUUAGCGUGGAGGAGACUGAGGAAGGUUCUUGUAAGGUGUUCAUGGUGGAAUGUUCUGUCAGAGGUAGACCCCGUCCCGAGAUCGAGUGGAGCAUCCCUGAUCACCUCGUGAUGGUUAAGAGGCUGCCGGGCGUUGAAUCUGCCUCAGACAACACCACCGUCACUUCAAGGGUCACACUCGUCUACAACCUAACCCAUGACCUCCUCCACACUUCUGCAUCCUCCUCGGAUCUCAGAGACCAUGUGGGCCAGUCCUCGUAUCUCCUGCGGCGGCCGCUGGCUUGUACGGCCCACAACGACAGGUACAUCAGCAUCGAAAAAACAGAUAUCAGUGUGGGGCCAAGCGUCGAAGCCACGCCAAGAAUCUGCUGGACGGAUUUCAAAGGCGCCAGAACGCGUGAGCAGUUCCAUUUCAAGGCGCAGGCGAUACCGAGCUUCACGCUGAGCUGGUGGUUCAGACCCUGCCCGAGCUACAGUGGCGGAGACUUCGACGGGAAGAAGCUCACCUACUACGUGGACACAGUGGCUCAGACCUCCUCGUACAUCGAAGGGUACCUGCUCUUCCCCGCUACUACCGGGGGAGCCAAGCGAGGAGACUACGAACUACGGGUUGCCAACCAGUUCGGCGUCGCCAGCAAGUCUAUGCAUUUCUCUCGUCGGCAGUCCAGCACCCGGCAGUGCAACACUACCCGGGGCUUCGAGAUCUUCCCCAGCGCGAGACCGUUCUUCGGCACGCUCGCCAGUAACCCGACACCUCCACCACCACCUUCCCUUCCUCUCAUUCCCUGUAUCCUACCCUCCACUACCACAACCUCCUCCCUAACCACCACCACAACCACCACUACUACUAUCACAGUCGCACCACCCUCCUCUUCUACCACCACAGCAGCUACUGUCAUGUCACAUGAGGUGACCACUGUGGCUUCCAAUACUUCGAUGGCUUCCUCAGUACCGCCUUUUCCGCUGCCAAUCACGCGUAAACCUUGUUUAUCAGCCAUCACAGAGAACGGCGUAAAACCCAGCUUCACAUUGUUUCCUGGAGGCCACAGACUAGAUAUUUCAGAAGAUAACAGAAUUCAAACGACGGAGAUUUCUCUACACUUCAUGGACGAGGACUGUCAGAAGAAGAGUGAGGGACUGCAACUGCAAGAGAUGAUGCCUCUCAGCGCUGACCGUCUCGUCGAGAACCCUGAGUACAUGGCCAACGGGAAGGUCUCCCCCUCCAAGCCUAAGGCUCGAGUUAUUUCCUGCGACAACGUCAAGUUCGUCACUGAGCUUGGAGAAGGAGCUUUCGGCCGAGUGUAUCUGGGACUGCUGGAUGACGGCUGGGGAAGACCCAGCCAGGUAGCGGUGAAGACGUUGAAGAGUGUUGGAGUGGAGGCUCGGCAGGAGCUGGAGAGGGAGGUGGAGCUACUCAACAACCUCAAACACAAGAACAUCGUCAGCUUCUACGGCGUGUGUUACAACUCUGAUCCUCUGCUGAUGGUCUUCGAAUACAUGGAACACGGGGACCUCAAUAACUACCUCAGGAGCCACAACGAGGACGUGGCCCUCUUGUCCGGGGAAGAGGCAGCUACGGAGCCACUCUCUGUAAUGGACUGUCUGCAGAUAGCUCUUCAGGUCGCUGCUGGGAUGAAGUACCUGGCCUCACAGCACUACGUGCAUCGGGACCUGGCCACGAGGAACUGCCUGGUUGGGGCUAACUUGGUGGUGAAGAUCGGAGACUUCGGCAUGUCUAGAGACGUAUACACUACUGACUACUACCAGUUCGGUGGUCGGACACUGCUGCCGGUGCGCUGGAUGCCCCCAGAGAGCAUACUAUAUCGCCGCUUCACCAUCGAGUCUGAUAUCUGGAGCUUCGGGGUCGUGCUGUGGGAGAUCUUCACCGGUGGGAAGCAACCUUGGUACGGCUAUACCAACCAGGAGGUAAUCACGCAAAUCACAGCUGGUCGGAUGUUGGUGUGCCCCGAGAGAUGUCCUGCAGACAUGUACCGCAUUAUGCUCUCGUGCUGGAGCAAGAACCCGCAGGAAAGACUCCCUAUGGCCACCCUCUACGACCGCAUCAGAAGCCUCACCACCGUCGAGCCACACGUCCUCGACUACGACUGAGGAGAAGAGACUCCCACUGCGCCGCCUUGUAAUUCCAAGUCCCCGACAAUGAUUAGAGAGUAGACUUUAAUCAUCUCGAAGGACCUCGCAGCCCCGCCUAAGGAAUGGAUAUUCAGAUGCCUCCGUCGAAUCCCGCAUACUCGACGACGAGCAGUAAGAAUUGUCACCUACCUCACUACUCAAGUCGAGUCAUAUUGGAAUUCUCCCUUCGACCUCGACCUGACCAAUGUUCCCUCCGUAAGUUACCUGCAACACUCACACUCCCUCACCUCGGUCAAAUCCCACCUCCUCGACUGAAACAAUCUACCAAAACAAAGUUCUCGUCAGGAACUAUAUUAGAAACUGUCAGAGUAGUGUAACACGUGAGCUCUGCCAGAGUAGUGCAACACGUGAGCUCUGUCAGAGUAGUGUAACAUGUGAGCUCUGUCAGAGUAGUGUAACAUGUGAGUACAGCCUGUCAUUGUCAGCAUUUUGUAGGAUAGUGUAUGACUUCAAAAUCAGUGACAACCUUUCGUGAGAGGGAAAGACAUGAAGAGGCAGACUGAAAAUCAGACAACGAGAAACAGAAAGAAAGGAGGAGAUGAACGUAGAAAAAAAAAAGAGAACUUGGGAUUCUUUCAAGAGAAAAACACAUAUUGCUUCAACUUCCAAGAGUAUUCUUGAGCAGUGUGGUCAAUGUGAAAGAAAAUGCGGUACUUGAAAACACAACUUCAAAAAAAUAUAUUAUCUAAGUGAUUUAGAAACUAAAUAAAAAAUGUUUAAAAAGAAACCUACCAUAGCAACCUAUAACUAAAAUUCCUCAAGCCUGGAGCUGACAAAACACAAAACCUAAUUGUCCCUAGACACAUCGACACCAUGCCUAGCCCUUCUAGGGUAGGGUAGGUGCCUGAGCCAGAGCUUGAAGCUCACAAGCCUGUCAUUUCCAUUAGGCCCCUUGGGUUAAGUCUCAGACACUCCCUAAAGAGGGAGCCAAGGCCGGGCCACCACUUGGAAAAGGCCCGGGUCGGGAGAAUACCGGCGAAUCUUUAAUAAUAAUAAUAAUGUCCCCAGACUGAGAAAUUUUACCAAUACCAAAACAAUUCUAUGUGGUGAGCAAUUAACAAAAGCAAGAUGAUUACUCUAAUAAACAAAGAAGAAAAUGGUAAUUAUUGAACUAACUGAAUUUCAUAAUAUCCUGGACUUAAGAAUAACUUUAAAACACUACAAGUUAGUCUGUAUUGUAUAUAAAAGAAAUAUAAUUCAUUCCAGAUGGUGAUAUAUGUAACAUAACAACAAAGAAUCACCUGGCCACCUGCCAGUGAUCUAACAGGAUCAGAAUGGCAGGGUUCUAUCGUGAUAAAGGGUUCUAACUCUUAAGAGGACUACAGUAACAUAAUCAAGAUUAUAGUAACAUAAUCAAGAAGAUUAUAGAAACAUGAUGAAGAAGGCUGUAGUGAUAUAAUCAAGAAGACGGGAUAUUCAGUGAUAAUCAAGAGUAUUCAUAAAUUAUCAAGAAUAUUAAAAAAUAAUCAAAGAUAUUCAAAUCAAAUUAUUGUUAUUCAAAGAUAAUCAAGGAUAUUCUAAGGUAAUCAAAGACAAUUUUAAGAAUUAAGGAUAUCCUAAGAUAAUUAAGAACAUUCAAAGAUAAUGAUGGAUAUUCAAAGAAAAUCAAGAUUAUUCAAAAAUAAUCAAGGAUAUCGAAAGAUAAUCAAGAAUAUUCAAGGAUAAUCGAGAAUAUUGAAAGAUAAACAGAAUUAAGUAUUUUGAAAAAUAAUCAAGGACAUUCAAAGAUAACCAAUGACUUUCAGAGAUAAUCAAGGACUUUCAAAGAUAAUCAGAGACGUUUAAAAAUAGUCGAGGAAAUCGGGACCGUGACAUCAACAACUCACAACUGACUCAGAAUACCGUGGGUGCUGAAUGCAGUAAUUCACAACUAAAAGGUCGCAACAAUUCAGAACUCAUCCACAAGUUGGAAUUGGAAACUAAAUGACGUUUCGGUCCGUCCCUGAUAGUGGUCCAGGACCUACUGAAACGCCGUCUGUUUUCACGUACCAAUUUACGGGUUACUUGUUAGUAGUCUGCUAGUAGGAAUGUAGCGUGACUAUCUCACGGAUCAGCGGACGGAGGAUCGAGCCUCCACCGGUACUUCGCGUUAAAUGACCCACAGGGUUUUAUCGCUUACUGCAGAAUUCAGAGAAUACGAUUUUCGUGAAUGCUUCCGCAAAAGAUUCGUAAAAAUAUUUGUUUAUUUUCUCGUAAAUAGAGGUUUGUAACAUAUUUUUUUUUUUAGUUCAGCUUACGAUGUUACUUUUCAAAGAAGCUUUUGGUGCCAAAGAUUUCAUGUGUAAUUGCUUUCUUAGUUUAAAAAUGAAAAAAAAAUGUGUUAUAUAAAAAUAAUACGACUGGAAUCACGUAAUUCCGCACUAAGCGUAUGAUUGCUUGCAGUCAGAUCGUCUGACGUGAAGGCCAGAGCACCUACGUGGAUGAUUGUCACCGGUUGUAAGGCAGCAGAGGCAGAAAUAUAGACGCAUCAUGUCUGCUGAGUUUUCAUUCUUGAUGAAAGAGAGUCAGCAACAACAGCUGCAGUAAUGGCAGUUGUAACAUAACAGCUGCAGCAAUACAAGAAGCAGAAACAUUACGACAGCAGAAAAGUGGUAGGAAGAUUCCUGUAGCGUAAUGGUACUUACACCAGUAGCUGCAGCGGGUACAGCAACAAUAGCACUAGCAACACCACCACCUGCAGUACUACAACAGCAGCACCACAACAGCAGAGUGGUGGUGUCACGACUAGCAUAAGAGUUCUCCCCGGCUACCCAAGCCACAAACACAUGUGAUAAAUUUCUGUGUAAAUAAAACUGGAAUGUGUAUCUUGCGUGUGUUGAACACACUGUAAGGUGACCAGAGGAUAACUAUAUAUAUUUGUGUAUAUCUCCUGUACUCUUAGCUCUGUGUAGCAUGUACAUAAAAUAGAGAUUUAUAUGAGGGAACACGGAGUGAUUUUAACCAGAGUAGUGAUCACCCGUUAUUGUAUGCUCUGAACUGUCUUGUGUGACUUGUUCAUGUUUUAACGAUUUCAUUUGUCCUGGACGUCCUUGCAGGUAAGCUUAUUUGACCGAACAAGCAUACAUACACACACAAACUCUCUCUCUCUCUCUCUCUCUCUCUCUCCUCUCUCUCUCUCUCUCUCUCAUGUAUAUAUAUGUCGUGCCGAAUAGAUAAAACUUGACAUUUUGGCUUAAAUACCAACGCUCUUCUUGCCGAAUAAGGUAAGCGAAAAUUUUUGUAUGCAACAAUUUCGCAAAAAUCA